UCCCGCGGAGCCCGGCGCUGCCCUGCCCUGCCAUGGGGUCCCGCCUGUCCCUGGACGACUCCGUGCGGGUGGUGGUGGUCGGGGGCGGCUUCGGGGGCACGGCGGCCGCCAGCCUGCUCAAGUCCUGGGCCGUGCCCUUCGUGCUGGUGGACGCGAGGGAUGCUUUCCAUCACAACGUGGCCGCGCUCCGGGCCGCCGUGGAGAGCGGAUUUGCCAAGAAGACUUUCAUCUCCUACUCCGUCACCUUUGGGGACAGCUUCCGACAAGGCAAGGUUGUGGGCAUAGACCCUGGGAGGCAACAAGUCCUGCUCAGUGAUGGUGAGGAGCUUCACUACUCCCAUCUCAUUCUUGCAACAGGCAGUGAUGGGCCAUUCCCCGGGAAGUUCAACAAAGUCAUUGACAUGGAAAGCGCCAUCCAGACCUACGAAAACAUGGUUAAAGAGGUUGAGAAAUCUGAGCGCAUCCUGGUAGUGGGAGGUGGUUCUGCUGGAGCUGAGAUGGCUGCUGAGAUCAAAACGGAGUACCCAGCCAAAGAGGUCAUCCUCAUGCACUCCAAACCCACCCUGGCUGAUGUGGAGCUGCUCGCCAGCGUCCGUCAGGUGGUCAAGGAGAUUCUCCUCAGGAAAGGAGUGCGGCUCCUGCUAAGUGAAAGGGUCAGGGAUGUGGAAAACCUCACGGUAAACCGGUUCCAGAAGGACAUGGUGGUGAGGACAGAAAAGGGCACCGAGGUGGUUGUUGACAUGGUGGUGCUGUGCACAGGGAUAAAGAUCAACUCUUCAGCGUACGCUGCUGUAUUUGGUGACAAAAUGGCAAGUAACAGUGCUUUGAAAGUUAACAAGCACCUCCAGGUGGAAGGCUACGAGAACAUCUAUGCCAUUGGGGACUGUGCAGAUCUCGAAGAGCCCAAGAUGGCCUACCAUGCUGGGCUCCACGCCGACAUUGCGGUGACAAACAUCAUCAACAGCCUCACACAGAAGCCUCUUAAAACCUAUGAGCCAGGGUCACUGACAUUCCUGCUGUCCAUGGGCAGGAAUGAUGGCGUGGGCCAGGUGAACGGGUACUACGUGGGACGUCUCUUGGUGACCAUUGCCAAGAGCCGGGACCUGUUCGUCUCCAAGAGCUGGAAGACGAUGGGACAGAGGAUGCCCUCUUAGGAGGGCACCAGGGACAAGCCAGCAAGGAAGACAGCCUCUGGAGGGUGAGGUGCACUCCUGUUGCUUGGACUGGCUGAUGCUUUCUCCUGCAGCACCUCCUCGACCACCUGUGCCACAUAACAGAGUGCCCUGCCUUGCUCUAAAGGGGAAGGAAGCACUUCCCACACGAAUUGCACUGAAGUUCCCAUGAUAAAAACCGGGGAAGGAAUGUCUCUUUUACUCCCCUGCUGAGAUAUCUUUGAGCAAGAAGCUUGGCUUACCUUGAUUUGUAACAAUAAACACUGUGGUUUUCAGAA